AUGGGCCCCGUCCUGGCGCGGAUCCUCCCGGAGCAGGGCGGAGAUGCUGCUGCCUCCCGGAGCCUGUCCACGGCCCCGGCAGCCAGCACCCAGCCAGCCGCGCAGAGUACUGCCCACCACGCCACCCUGACCCCCGAGGCUACAAUAGAGGUGGGCCGGGGUCGGAUCGGCCAGCCCGGUUCUGGCUUCCAAGCCCUUGGCUGCCCGGUGCUGAGAGCUUUGGCAGCUCCUGGCUCCUACCGACGUGGGAGAGGUGCUGAGGCCAUAGUCAGACAGGGUGAGAUCACAGGUCCGCACUCGUGCCAGUUCGAAGCCUUCUGUGCGGGGGGCCUGGCCCCUGGCUGGAGCCUGCUGGUCCAGGGACAGUCCGACUCCGGGGAGGACAAAUUCGAGAUCGACUUCCUGUCUGAGGCGGGGGACAUCGCCUUCCACAUCAAGCCGCGCUUCUCCAGCGCCACCAUGGUGGGCAACGCCUGCCAGGGCGGCCGCUGGGGCGAGGAGGAGGUGUCCAGCAUCUUCCCGCUGGCCCUGGGGGAGCCUUUUGAGAUGGAGGUGAGCUCGGACGCGGAGCACUUCCACGUCUACGCGCAGGAGCACAAGGUGCUGCAGUUCCCGCACCGCCAGAGGCCGCUGGCCGCCAUCACCAGGGUGCGGGUGCUGAGUGAUCGCAACCUGGCCCAGGUGGAGCUGGCCAAGAGGGGCCUGAGCUGGGGGUAA